UCAACGUUGUUGCAGAGGCACCAGCAGCAGACAACGUCGCGUGUAGUCAAGGACUCUAAGCAGCAUAAACUUAACCCACAACAAGAGGCAGAGCUUGUAAAAUAUAUACAAGAACUCACUACCUGUCGCUUACUACCUACAAGAGAGAUAAUACGAAAUUUCGCCUCUGCUGUGGCGCAGGAGACGCUCUCUGAUAGCUGGGUCACUCGCUUCCUCUACUAUCACAACAACUGCCUCCUGCCACGUUAUGCCACUGCUAUGGACUCUGAUUGCCACUACGCCGAGUUAUAUACUAAGUAUAAACAGUACUUUAAUAUACUUUACCCCAAGAUUAAUAAGUACAACGUAGAGCUAGAAAACACAUACAAUAUACACAAGACGGGCUUUAUAAUAAGGGUUAUUAGCAGGUAA